CUGCGUGCCCUUUGCCCUAGCCUCAACUUCAUGACGCUCGGCGUGGGUGCCGGGGGUCGGGACCCCCGAGUGGCGCUGAAGCCGAAUUGUCUGCCCCCGAGUGAGGGCUGCCUCCCCCUGUGGGACUUUUCCCUGGCUCGGUGAGGGACGCCCCGGCAGGCGGGCCCUAGAUAGGAUGGGAGCCAUCUCACCUCUCACCUUGCCCCUGGCCCAUGACCCCUGCCGACUGCCUAGGACAUAGGACUCCCAUUCUGCUGUGGCUAAGGGACAGGGCUGUGCCCCAGAGCUAAAUCAGGACUCUGACGCUGACUCUGGGCUCACCUCACAUUCUGGGGAGGCUAAAUUUAGCUGGGGUUGGGGUGUUCGUGGAGGGCAGAGGAGGCCAGGUUAGGGAGCGAGCCAGCCUGUCCCCUGAAGAUUCCCUUGCUCCCUGUUCCCGGAAAAAGGUUCUGGAGUAGAGAAGACUUCACAUGCUGGCGUGCUGAUCCUCCCUGCCAGGCUCCAGGCUCCUUUCGUCAGAUUCCUCCUUGUGGGCAUAAUGCUGUGCUGUCACCACUCACAGCACCCUACCACCACCACCACACACACACACCCUUGCCCAUAGACUGACUUCCGCUGGGCUGUAGCUUCCCCUCUGCUGUUACAGGAAGUCACCUCCCUUCCCCUCUGAUGCGGCCCCCACUCCCAUGCCUCCCGGCCCCUGCCGCAAGCCACCUACCAAGGUCUUUCCUAGCUUCUGCGUCUUGGGGACCAUAGAAGUACCUGCUCCCUGGGGCUGGGCCAUGGAGGCAGGUGAGAACAUGGGUGUUGAGGAUCAUGGUGGGCCUGUUUUCAGGAAGUCUCUGGGCUCUGUGGAAGAAGGCCUGGGGACUACCGGAACACUCUCAUGGCUAUUUUGGACUUCACUAGGGGUCCUAGAGGUGAAAGGGCACUGGCUUUUUGGUCAGCUUAGUCGCCCUGGGUUAGAAAAAAGAACCUUGAGUCUGAAGAAAAGACGCUAAAGCUUGGGUUUGGUGGACUUUCCUAGAAACCUGUGGGAUCCUCGUGCAAACCUGGGGGCGGGCCCUUGAAGACAUUAGCUGGUUCACAAGGUUCUUAAGAUGCCCCAACCUAAGUAGGAAAGUCAGAAACCCUGAACAAAACUGUGAUGUCAUGACCCAAAGGGUUGGUGUCAUUGUAGCCCAUUCCAGCAAGACUGGUCUCUGUGUCUGAGUAGAGAGUGAGGAGGGUUAUGAUCUUUAGAGGGGCGACAGGGACAAUAUGGUGUCAGCACCCAGGUGAGCUGGGUAUGUGUGUGAGUUCUUUGGGGAGUGUACUAGUACCAUGCAGCCUGAAGGCCCUGGUCUCUUUAAGGACCUGUGGUGGGCUGUGAGGGUCUGGUGAUGUCCCAGGCGGGAGAGUUCAGGAUUGGCUGACCAUUUGUCCCGCUUGACUUUGGGGAGUCUAGCAAGAGGGGGAGCAAGAGGGCACCUUGGUCGCCAUGGAAGCACCUGGCUUCCUUGUUUCAUCUCUGCCCCCCUCCAUUGUUUCAGAUGCAGCGAGUGAGGGGGGGGCCAUGGCAGAGGAGCGGCCCCCCCGGCUGGUGGAUUACUUCGUGGUCGCUGGGCUUGCAGGGAACGAAACACCCCUCCCGGAAGAAACGUGGGUUCCUGAACCCAGUGGGCCUCUGCGUCCUCCCCGACCAGCCGAGCCCAUCACAGAUGUGGCGGUCAUCGCUAGGGCACUGGGCGAGGAGGUGCCCCAGGGCUACACGUGCAUCCAGGCUUCCACUGGGGGCCACCUUUUAGAACUCAGCGCUGGGCUCCUGGGUGGAACGCAGCCCGCCAUUUGCUACCGCAGGGGCCGUGACAAGCCCCCCCUCGUUGAACUGGGGGUGUUGUAUGAGGGGAAGGAACGUCCCAAGCCUGGCUUCCAAGUACUAGACACGACACCCUACAGCCAUUCAGCUAACCUGGCCCCUCCAGGUCCAGGGCACCCCCGCACCUACCUCACUUACCGGCGGGCUGCGGAAGGGGCAGGGCUGCAUGCCCUGGGCAUCACUGACCUCUGCCUGGUCCUGCCCAGCAAGGGCGAGGGCACUCCUCAUACCUACUGCCGGCUGCCCCGUAACCUCAACCCUGGCAUGUGGGGCCCAGCAGUGUACCUGUGUUACAAGGUGGGCCUGGCCAAGGCCAACACACUGGUGUAUGAGGCAGAGCUGCUGGGCCGCUACCCUGAGGAGGACAAUGAAGCGUUCCCCCUGCCGGAGUCCGUGCCCGUCUUCUGCCUGCCCAUGGGGACCACUAUCGAGUGCUGGCCUGCCCAGACCAAGUACCCUGUGCCCGUCUUCUCCACCUUUGUGCUCACGGGGGCAGCCGGUGAUAAGGUAUACGGGGCCGCUCUGCAGUUCUAUGAGGCCUUCUCCCGGACUAGGCUGUCGGAGCGGCAGGCGCAGGUGUUGGGCCUGCUGAGCGCUGUGGAGAGGGGCCGGUCGCUGGAGGGCAGGGCCGUGCGCAGCCGGCGCGCCAUAGCGGUGCUGUCCCGCUGGCCCGCCUUCCCGGCCUUCCGUGCCUUCCUCACCUUCCUUUACCGCUACUCCGUCUCCGGCCCCCACCGGCUGCCCUUGGAAGCGCACAUCUCCCACUUCAUCCACAACGUCCCCUUCCCUUCCCCACAGAGACCCCGCAUCCUAGUACAGAUGUCUCCCUAUGACAACCUGCUCCUCUGUCAACCCGUGUCCUCACCUCUGCCGCUCAGUGGUGCCAGCUUCCUGCAGCUGCUGCAGAGCCUGGGCCCUGAGCUGGCGGUCACGCUCCUGCUCGCCGUGCUCACGGAGCACAAACUGCUCGUCCACUCCCUGCGGCCAGACCUGCUCACCAGCGUCUGCGAGGCCCUGGUCUCUAUGAUCUUCCCGUUGCACUGGCAGUGCCCCUACAUUCCGCUGUGCCCGCUGGUGCUGGCAGACGUGCUGAGCGCCCCGGUGCCUUUCAUCGUGGGGAUCCACUCCAGCUACUUCGAUCUGCAUGACCCGCCUGCUGAUGUCAUCUGUGUUGAUCUUGACACCAACACGCUCUUCCAGACGGAGGAGAAGAAGCCCCUCCCCGCUCGCACCCUGCCCCGCAGGCCCUACAAGGUUUUGCUGGCCACCCUGACAAACCUGCAUCAGCAGCUGGACCAGACAUAUACUGGGCCCGAGGAGGAGGCAUCCCUGGAAUUCCUGCUGACAGACUACGAGGCUGUGUGCGGCCGCCGGGCCCGGCUGGAGCGCGAAGUCCAGGGCGCCUUCCUCCGCUUCAUGGCCUGUCUGCUCAAAGGCUACCGGGAUUUCCUGCGCCCGCUCACCCAGGCCCCCUCUGAGGGGUCUCGAGAUGUGGACAACCUCUUCUUCCUGCAGGGCUUCUUGAAAUCCCGGGAACGCUCCAGCCACAAACUGUACUCUCAGCUGCUCCACACACAGAUGUUCUCACAGUUCAUUGAGGAAUGCUCUUUUGGCUCUGCUCGACAUGCUGCUCUUGAAUUCUUCGACUCUUGCGUUGACAAGGUCCACCCCGAGCAGGAGAAGCCUGAGCCGACGCCCUUGGUGGAGCUGGAGGAGCUGUCGGGCAGUGAGCUCACUGUCUUUAUCACCCCACCUGAGGAGCCUGCAGUGCCCGAGGGCAGUGAGUCCUCCCCUCUAUACUGCUAUGAUGGAUUCCCAGAGCUACAGCCUGAGCUGUUCGAGUCUCCUCAAGAGCAGCCUGGGGCCCUGCCUGUGCCGGGCCCAUCCCGCAGCGCCCCCAGCAGCCCUGCUCCACGCCGCACCAAACAGGAGAUGAAGGUUGCGCAGCGGAUGGCACAGAAGUCAGCAGGCACGCCUGAGCGGUGGGCCCGGUGCCUGCUGGGGCACUGCUAUGGGCUGUGGUUCCUGUGUCUGCCAGCCUACGUGCGGGCAGCGCCCUCCCGGGUGCGCGCAUUGCACACGGCCUAUCACGUCCUGCGCCAGAUGGAGAGCCGUAAGGUGGUGCUGCCAGACGAGGUGUGUUACCGAGUGCUAAUGCAGCUUUGCUCCCACUACGGGCAACCCGUGCUGUCUGUGCGGGUGAUGCUGGAGAUGCGGCGGGCGGGCAUCGUACCCAAUACCAUCACCUACGGCUACUACAACAAGGCGGUGCUGGAAAGCAAGUGGCCAUCUGGCACGCCGGGUGGGCGCCUGCGUUGGGCCAAGCUCCGGAAUGUUGUCCUGGGGGCCGCUCAAUUCCGCCAGCCCUUGAGAGACCGGCAGCAGCAGCAGGCAGCAGCACAUCAAGAGGCAGGCUGCUCCCAGCCAGAUCCCCACCUGGAACGCCCCUCCCCUACCCGCCCUCUUCAGCGCCAGACUACCUGGGCUGGGCGCAGCCUUCGGGACCCAGCCUCCCCCACAGGGCGCCUGAUGAAGAGCAGCAGCCUGAGCAGUGCCCACGGGGUACAGCCCACUGUGGAGGCUGGCGUGGCCCACAUGAUCGAGGCUUUGGGGGUCCUGGAGCCCCAGGGUUCACCUGUGCCCGGGAAUGAUGGCAGCCUCUCCGAUCUGAGCCUGGCAGGGGAGGAGCCGGCACCUGGAGGCAGCCCAGGAGGCGUGGGUCCCACCCCGACUUCCCAGCCCCCUGAGGUCUUGGAAGGGCUCAGUGGGCGUGUGACCAAGGCUGGAGGGCGUCAGGAUGAAACUGGCACCCCUCGGCGAGGACUGGGUGCCCGCCUCCAGCAGCUGCUCACUCCUUCCCGCCGCUCCCCAGCCUCCCAUGCUCCCCCACCUGAGCUGCCCCCCGACCUGCCUCCCCCUGCCCGCCACAGCCCUAUGGACAGCCUUCUGCGGCCCCGGGAGCGCCCUGGGUCUACGGCCUCAGAGAGCUCAGCCUCUCUGGGCAGUGAGUGGGACCUCUCAGAAUCUUCCCUUAGCAGCCUGAGCCUUCGCCGUUCCUCAGAGCACCUCAGAGAUACCCCCGGAUCCUUCCAGCCACCGUCACUGGAAAUCCUGCUAUCUAGCUGCUCCCUGUGCCGUGCCUGCGACUCGCUGGUGUACGAUGAGGAGAUCAUGGCUGGCUGGGCACCUGAUGAUUCCAACCUCAACACAACCUGCCCUUUCUGCGCCUGCCCCUUUGUGCCCCUUCUCAGUGUCCAGACCCUGGAUUCCCGACCCAGUGUCGCCAGCCCCAAGCCUGCCCCUGCUGGUGCCAGUGGCAGCAAAGACGCCCCUGCAGCUGGGGGCCCUGGCCCUGUGCUCAGUGACCGCAGGCUCUGCCUGGCUCUGGACGAGCCCCAGCUCUGCAACGGGCACAUGGGGGGUGCCUCCCGGCGGGUAGAGAGUGGGUCCUGGGCCUACCUGAGCCCUCUGGUGUUGCGUAAGGAGCUGGAGUCGCUGGUGGAGAACGAGGGCAGUGAGGUGCUGGCAUUACCUGAGCUGCCAGCCGCCCACCCCAUCAUCUUCUGGAACCUCUUGUGGUAUUUCCAACGGCUGCGCCUGCCCAGUAUCCUAACAGGCCUGGUGCUGGCCUCCUGUGAUGGGCCGGCCCCCCCCCAGGCCCCGUCUCCUUGGGUAACCCCUGAUCCGGCCUCUGUGCAGGUGCGGCUACUGUGGGACGUCCUGACCCCUGACCCCAGUAGCUGCCCACCUCUCUACGUGCUCUGGAGGGUACACAGCCAGAUCCCCCAGCGGGUUGUAUGGCCGGGCCCGGUACCCACAUCCCUUAGCCUGGCAUUGCUGGAGUCAGUACUGCGCCACGUCGGACUCAAUGAGGUGCACAAGGCUGUGGGGCUCCUGCUGGACACACUAGGGCCCCCGCCCACGGGCUUGCACCUGCAGAGGGGCAUCUAUCGCGAGAUCCUAUUCCUGACAAUGGCUGCUCUGGGCAAGGACCACGUGGACAUAGUGGCCUUCGACAAGAAGUACAAGUCUGCCUUUAACAAGCUGGCCAGCAGCAUGGGCAAGGAGGAACUGAGGCAGCGGCGGGCACAGAUGCCCACCCUCAAGGCCACUGACUGCCGGAAAUGUUUUGGAGCACCUCUGGAAUGCUAGGAACUCUUCGCUCCCUGCUCUUGCUGUGCGGUGGAACAGCCCGCUUUCCUGUUGCCCUCAUGGAGGAGUUGGGAACACGGGCUGGCAAGCAAUCCCAGCCAGAGGCUCCGAGUGGGGGUGGCAAGAAGAGGGACCCACUGUUACCCAAAGUCACAGUUCCCUUAUCUGCACCCUGCCCAAUAUGCUCGUGCUGACACUGGGGAAGGGCCGGAGGGAGUCGGCCCAGUUCUGUUCCUCCUCUGUCUUAUACAGAGGACCCCGCCCCUCCCCUCCCCAGGGUACCCACAGAUCUGCAUUGCCCUGGUCAUUUUAGAAGUUUUUGUUUUAAAAAACAACUGUAAAGAUACAGAGCUACUGAGCCUUUGCCCUGAAUGGGAGGGAGGGAGUCCCCAGCCACAAGGCCGCCUACUGUGGCAUUGCUGAAGGAGCUCCCCAUGCCGUCCCACCUUAGUGUUGGUAUUUUAUUUUUAUUUUAAGUUAUUUAUUCUGGAGCUACAGCCUCCUUGUUUACGAGGUUCUUGUGGAGGAUGAUAAAGAAGGGAAAUGGGGCACCAAGGGCUGGUGGUUUGGAGCGCCUUGAUAGUCAGGUGGCGGGACUAGAGGAGUCCCAGCCUCUGCUUGGGAAGAAGUGGUGCCCCCUCCAGUCCUAACCCUGGACCAGUCCUCCUUGGGGAUGCCCCUCCCACCCAGGGCCCUGAACUGUGCAAUAAGGAUCGUUGAAGUUGGAUGUAAAUAUAGUAAACGCUGCUUCUGUCUUUUU